GUUGGAGGGCGGCCCGGCUGAGCGGCAGACAGGCGGCCGUGUCUCUCGGGUAGCUGUGCACUUCUGUUUGAAAAAAGAGCAUCAUGUCUGCGAGGAGGAAUAUUGGCGACCCGGAGAUUCUGAAGAAAAGAAUCCCUCAGAAUCCAAAGUACCAGCAUGUGAAAACAAGGCUUAAUACAGGUAACAGCAUGACCAAGUAUUUGGAACGGAUAGAAGAGAUUAAGAGAAAUUACAGGUAUAAAAAAGAUGAACUUUUCAAACGGAUUAAAGUUACUACCUUUGCACAACUGGUACUUCAAGUGGCAUCUGUAUCGGAUGAGAGCGAGGCGGGUGACAUUACCAGCGAGGAGCUGCUGAGACUGGAAGAGAGCAAUUCUGUCAUGUCAGAAGUGGAUGCCGAGCUUAUGACUGACCGGACUAAUGGAAAAGGAAGUCCAUACAAUGUCCCUUUAAGUCCAAUUCAAUUAAUUGACACUAUAGGAGGAGGAGAAUGUGUCAAUUCUGCACGAUCUACCCUUCAGAGUGUUAUUAGUGGAGUUGGAGAAUUAGACUUGGAUAAUGAUCCCAAGCAGACAAGUAAAAAAGAUCUUCUGCCUAGCCCAAGAUCCCUGGAACAGCCAUACCAAGAUUGCCCAUUUCUUCUCCUUGAUGUACGUGACAGAGAUUGUUACGACCAGUGCCAUAUUAUUGGAGCUAAAAGCUAUCCCACUGCAAUGCUUGCGAGGACAAUGAAUCCAUUCACAACCGAAAUCCUAAAUUAUAAAAAUGCUCAUGGCAAAAUUAUUAUCCUUUAUGAUGAAGAUGAGAGGAUAACCAGCCAAGCCGCAACAACAAUGUGUGAGAGAGGAUUUGAAAAUUUAUUCAUGCUUUCUGGAGGUUUGAAAGUCAUAGCUCAGAAAUUUCCAGACUGCCUCACAACUGGCUCCUUCCCAGUCACCUGCCUGCCCCAACCAACCCAAUCCAAAUCUGCUCGGAAACGAACCACCCCAAGAGAACCUUCCACAACUGCAGAGAACAAGUGGAGAUUUUCUAGUGACGACUUGGACAAAAUAGAGCAACACCUGGAGAAAUUGCUCAUGCCAACAGACACUGCCAGCCGUCUCAGCAGAUUAUCCACUGGAAGAUCGGAUUCAAAAACGGCCAACUCAAGAAAUAGCCAAGUCCCAUCGUCUGCCAGUUCCAUCAGUUCCCGAUCGAUCCGCAGCAUCAGCCCGCACUCCAAACCAUGGAAAUAAUUAGUAUUCAGCCUCGCAAUAAACAACUGUUUUCACUCUCCUCCACGUGUCUUCCCCAGUAGAGCAGUUCUUAUUCAUGCUCCAGCAGUAUUGCUAGCUUGACAAUGGUUGGAGGGGAUACAAGACGCCUAGAAUGCUGUUUACAUGAUAUUAUAAAUCAAUGUAUAGAAAGAACAAUUUAUUUAUUUAUAUAUAAGUUGCUUGCUGUUUCUUUGUCGGUCAUAGAACAGGUCCCUAAGGGCUCCUGAACUUCAGGUUUAGAGAUUGCUUUUGCCUGGUUCUUGUACAUAACACUACACCAUGUUCUCCAAAUUUCUUUUACUGUCUGACUUCACUUCUGUCCUUAUAAUCUGAUCCAAAAUGACAGGACACACUGCAAAUAUAAUGAGCCCAUUACACAUCUAUUAUGUUUUGAAUACUUUGUUUAUCCGUGCAGUUUUGUUAACUGCCUGAUCUGUAAAAAAAAUGUUUUUAAAGAAGGUGCAUAGUAUAUGUGUGAGCAUUGUUUCUUUUAGGCUUCUUUUCUAAUCUUUUUGUCUAAUCCUUUGAAAUUGAGAGUUUUUGUGUUUAAAUUGUGUUAUAAUAUGGUAUUUGGGAGAUCUCUCCAGGAAUGUGUGUAGGGUUGCGUACGAGAACUAAUUUAUUCUUUGAUAACAUCUGCAUUGCUGUCAUAGACCUGGUACAUUAAUACACCAUACCUGUGUGAUCUUGGAACUUGAAUGUGUUGUACUCCUUUUUCUAAAGCAGUUUGGAGAAAAAGAUAUCAGGCAUUUUUCAGGAAUCUAAUAAAGAAUUAUGGGGGUCAUUUAUAAAGCUGAAAUACACCUAUAUUAGGCUUAUUUCAGACGCAGGUUGUGGUUCGUUGAGCCGCAAUCUGCAACUUCUCCCCGCUUAUGCCAGGUCUAAAAUAGGGGGUGUGGCAUGGACAGGGAAUGGGAUGGGCCGGAAGGAACAUUUAGAAGAGGCGGUGGAUCCGCUGAAGUUAUAAGGAGGCCUGCGCCAGGUAUAGGGCUUAUUAAGACUGGUGUCUAAAACACUGCUCUUAAUAAAUGACCCCCUAUAUCUACCUACCUGGAUAGGAUGGAUCGAGCUAUAGAUGGAUACAACUCUUUAUCAGACUCCUGUACAAUGCCUGGUAUUAAAGGAGCUGUGAGAUAAUCAAAAAAUCUUGGACAACACUUACAAUGUCUUUUAAAAUACAAAAAAACAUGCUGUUUGUUUACAAAUGGCAGCAGUGACAUGCCUAUAUACAGCAUGUGAUGACUGCUGCAAAUCAGUGUCCUCUACGUUCUACAGCUGAGUACAGUGACUGACUGGAUUGGCCAGGUAACUGGUGCAGAAGUGGUGAGUAUGUUAUGUUUCUUGAUUUCAAGACAUUGUAGGAGUUGUACAAGAAUUUUAAACUGCUCGGACAACCUUUUUAAGGUUACUCUUUAAAAAUGCAAAUAACAAAACAAAUUUUGUACAGAUGCUGAUGGUUGCUUGGUGGUAGCUUGGAAGUCAGCAGAACUGUGAAUGUAGCUCUGAAAAACUAAGGAUCAGCAUACCACCAUAUAAGGUAGAUGUCCCAAUUGUCAACAUAACAUUUACCUUUUUUUGUGAAAAGCUGGUCCUCUAAUCCUGAAAAGCGCUUAUUUUUAUGCUAAUAAUGUUUUCGGUUCCUCAUGGGUGGAGCCACUGCAUUUGGUGCAUCAUCGUUUUGUCAGUAACUCCGUCCAGGCCUCCCUCUCUUGUUUGACAGCCUCUGAAAUUUCAGAGCCUAUACCAAUCAUGCGGGCAGCCAGAUGUGCUGAACAGAUCACUGUGCACUAAAAACUUUUUCUGCAUAAUAUUUAAAAAAAGCCUUUUCUCUGGAUUAAGAGCUGGAUUUUCACAAGAAACAUAUGGUUAUGUUUCAGGGUAUCUGCCCUGUAUAGGGGGAUGCUUACUUCAAUAUUGACUAUGAAAGUGAGAGACUCUCUCUCUCUA